GAGAGAGAGAGAGAGAGAGAGAGAGAGAGAGCUUUUCUUGACCAUCCUGUCGUAGGCCGCCCCUUCAUCUCUCCCAGCCCCACCAUCGGUGCACCAAAUCUAGGAGAGCCUGUGUCUAAUGUCGUCAAUCCCACGACGCGGUUUCCCUCCCUUCCUCUCUCUCUCGUGAUUUCUUGAAAGUUAAUGCUGGAUUUUAACUCCAGCUGACGGCAGCUCAGAAAACACGAAAGAAAGAAAAGGAAAAAAGCACAGGAAAGAAAAGGGGAAAGAUCCGUUCUCGCUUUCUAUAAGUAAUAAGCCGUCAUCGCUCCGUCCUCUCUCUCCCCUCAGUGACCCACCAAGGGAAACAGUGAUGGGCAGAUAGCCGCUCUCCUUCUUUCGCUCCUCAGACUCAGAUCCGAUCUCGGGUGUUUCUGGUUUCUCCGAUUGUGUUAACUUAUAGGAUUCAGUAACACAGUAAACAUGGCUUUAGGAAAAUAUACUAGAGUCGAUAAUAGAAGGUCCUCAUCGAGUUACUGCUCUACGGUGACAAUCGUAGUUUUUGUUGCCCUCUGCUUGGUUGGGGUUUGGAUGAUGACGUCCUCGUCAGUCGUUCCCAUGCAAAAUGUAGAUGUAUCCCAGGAGAACAAGAGUGAGGUGAACGAGCAGGUGAUUGAGAACAAUAAUGAGGUGAAGGAACAAGCAAAUGAGAAUGUGGAUGAGGUGAAGGAACAAGAGAAAAAAGAUAGCGACACCAGCCAAUUUGAGGAUAAUCCAGGUGACUUACCAGAGGAUGCCACCAAAGGAGACACCAAUGAUACGCCUUCUCAGAGCGAAAGUGACUCGAAUUCGCAAGAGAACCAAGAACAGAAGCAAGAUGAGAACGUGGAACUGAAAACCGGAGAGAAGGAAAGUUCAGCGGAGGAGACCAAGUCCGAAGAUAAUGAAUCAAAUCAAGAAACAGACGGAUCAAAAACUGAAGGUGGAGAUAAUGAUUCUGGUGGGCAGGGAGACUCUGAAGAGGGUUCUGGUGAACAGAAAUCUGACACAGAUGAGAGCGAGAAGAAAACAGAUUCAGAAGAAAGUUCAGCUGACACUAAGAGUGAAGAGAAAGUGGAUGGUGAGAUUGAGGAGAAGGUGAGCCAAAAUGAUAAGGAUGGAUCCGGGGAUAACUCAGAUGACAAGAAAGACGAGAGUCAGACAAAAGAUCAGACUCCUACUGAAGUGUUCCCUUCUGGUGCACAAUCAGAUCUUUUGAAUGAAACUACUACUCAGAAUGGGGCAUUUUCUACACAAGCUGCUGAAUCGAAGAAUGAGAAGGAAUCUCAAGGUUCAUCCAAGCAGCAAACCGGCUACAGCUGGAAACUGUGCAAUGUUACUGCUGGUCCUGAUUAUAUUCCCUGCCUUGACAAUUUGCAAGCUAUCAAGAGCCUUAGCUCUACCAAGCAUUACGAACACCGAGAGAGGCACUGUCCCCAGAAUCCACCUACUUGCCUUGUUGCUGUUCCUAAAGGAUACAAAAAGCCAAUUGAAUGGCCUACAAGUAGAGAAAAGAUAUGGUACUAUAAUGUUCCACACACCAAGCUCGCUGAAGUUAAGGGCCACCAGAACUGGGUGAAAGUUACUGGUGAAUACCUUACCUUCCCUGGUGGCGGAACCCAAUUUAAAUUUGGUGCUCUGCAUUACAUCGAUUUCAUACAGGGGUCUGUUCCUGAUGUUGCCUGGGGAAAACGCUCUCGCGUGAUAUUGGAUGUGGGAUGUGGUGUUGCUAGUUUUGGAGGCUAUCUCUUUGAUAGAGAUGUUCUUGCAAUGUCACUUGCCCCGAAAGAUGAACAUGAAGCACAGGUUCAGUUCGCACUUGAGAGGGGAAUCCCCGCUAUAUCUGCCGUCAUGGGCACCACAAGACUUCCCUUCCCUAGCAGAGUCUUUGAUAUUGUGCAUUGUGCACGCUGUAGAGUCCCAUGGCAUAUAGAAGGUGGUAAACUCCUUUUGGAGCUGAACCGCCUCUUGCGACCUGGUGGUUUCUUUGUGUGGUCAGCUACUCCAGUUUAUCAGAAGAUUCCAGAUGAUGUUGCAAUUUGGAAAGCCAUGUCUGAACUAAUAAAAUCAAUGUGCUGGGAGCUGAUAUCUAUAAAUAAGGAUACCGUGAAUGGAGUUGGUGUAGCGACCUAUAGGAAGCCUAUGUCUAAUGAUUGCUACGAGAAAAGAUCCCAAAACAAUCCCCCAAUGUGUGCAGACUCUGAUGAUUCAAAUGCCGCCUGGUAUGUGAAUCUGCAAGCAUGCAUGCAUAAAAUACCUAUAGACUCCACCGAACGUGGGUCUCAAUGGCCAGAGGAAUGGCCAGCGAGGUUGGUGAAAACACCUUAUUGGCUGUUGAGUUCCAAGGUUGGAGUCUAUGGUAAAUCUGCCCCCGAGGAUUUCGCUUCAGACAAUGAGCACUGGAAACGGGUUGUGACCAAGUCAUAUUUAAAUGGAAUUGGGAUUGACUGGUCUACUGUGAGGAAUGUCAUGGACAUGCGAGCAAUUUAUGGAGGGUUCGCUGCUGCUCUAAAAGAUUUGAAUGUGUGGGUCAUGAAUGUGGUAUCCAUAGAUGCCCCGGAUACCUUACCCAUAAUCUAUGAACGUGGUCUAUUUGGCAUUUAUCAUGACUGGUGUGAAUCUUUUAGCACCUACCCCAGAUCUUAUGAUCUCCUCCAUGCGGACCAUCUCUUCUCCAAUAUCAAAAAGAGGUGUAACUUAGUAGCUCUAGUAGCAGAGGUGGAUCGUAUCUUGAGACCUGGGGGCAAGUUGAUCGUUAGGGACCAUGUUGAGACGAUCAAUGCGGUGGAGAGCAUGGCGCGGGCGAUGCAAUGGGAAGUCCGGCUGACGUACUCCAAGGACAACGAGGGAUUGCUUUGCGUCCAGAAGUCCAUGUGGCGCCCCAGCGAAUCGGAGAUGAUCAGCUACGCCAUUGCUUAGAGUAAACUCCAUUUACACCCUGCUUCUCACAUUCUUGAGGCCGUGUUGUCGGUGAUGCCAAUUAAGAUUUAGGUUAUUCUUUAUCUCCGUCGCGAUUCUGCAAGUCACGGAAACUGUAUCUCUGCCUUAGGCCGUGUAGCUUGUCGGUUAGGCCCCAUCAGUGUCCUAUCCUUUGCAUGCCCUUUUUGGUUUCUUUUUUUGCGGUUUCUUUAGAUGAAAGUCGGCUGGUAUAUUAUUGUAACAUUAUUCGUUAUUCGUCAAAGAAAUCAUCAAUGCUUUCAUGCAA